CUGAAAAACGUCACAAAGACAAACCUUCAGUAUAAUGUUGUAAGCCGGUCUGUUUUGCACUAAAAAACCAAACCUUUUUCAGUAAAGUCAAAUUGCCUGAAAUCUAAAAACACGUUUAGAUUUGUUUACGUUUAUUGACCGUCUUUAUCCUCCUUCGCACCGUCGUGACAGAUGAGAGCUAUGGACAGCAGAACUGAGAGGAAAAUGUGUAAACUAAGGGAUCAUCUGGACAUGCUAGGCUACACUGACCAUCUAGGAGUCGAGUCCCUGCCACUUGUUGAGAAACUUUUCAGUGAUCUGGUUCGCAUCACUGAAAGACUACGCAAAGCAAAGCGAUUUGGAGGCAAGUCGGAAAAAGAAAUCCAAAAAUGUGAUGUCCUUCUGGAACCGUACAGAGUAGAUAAUGCUGAGCUGACUGAGGACAACCAGCAGCUUCACCUGGAGCUUAUGAAGGUGAAGGACGAGAAGGACCAUGUGACCAGAGAGAUGAACAUCUGCAUCACAAAGCUGGAAGAUGAGCUCUCUUUCCUGAAGUCUCUGAACAAGCAGUAUGUGCACCAGGUCCGAUGCCUGGAGAAGGACAGCAAAGAGAAAGCUAAACGCCUCCGUCAUCUGCGGAAGAAUCAUUUCAAUGCAGUGGUGCAUUCAAGAGGUGAAAAAAAGCUCAGCGUUCCUCCUUUUCCACCAUCUCCACAUUCCAUGUCCCAGCCUGAGGAUGCAUAUGAAGCAGACCUUCUGCAGGAGGCAGAUGGAAGAAUUCUUGAGCCUCUGGACGAAGUGACAAAAUUAAAAGAGGAACUCCAAAAUGCUCAGGGGCAAGUACAACUCUUAAAUAACCAUAUCGAGGACAUGCAAGUGACCAACAAGCAACUGAAGAGGAAGUUUGAGGGACUGCAGCAGAAGUCCUCCAUCAAAGUGGCCGACCUCACCUCAAAGAACCGUGAGCUGUGUGGCGAGUUCAUGCACAUACUCCACCUCGCCAGACAGAUGGAAAUGGAUAAGAAGCAAAAGCUAAAAACAGCUGAUAUGAAAUUCCAAGACAUGAAUGAAGUCAUUAAAGAUUUGGAGGGUCAACUCUGUAAAAAAAGUGUGGCUGACCUAACGUACGCUCCUGCAGAUGGCCAUGAACAGGAAAUGAAGACUGGCAUAAACAGUGAGGCUUCAGAAUGGGAGUUUAUAAAAUCUAAUCUUGGAGACCAGCUGGUGGAGCUAAAAGAACAGAAUGAGAAAUUGGAGGGAAUGGUGGAUUUCCUUGAGGCUGAGAAAAGUAGGCUGCAGGACAAAGUGGAGAAGAUGAUGUCUGUCGAAAGAGCCUUGGUGCUGGAGCUGGAGGGCAUGCGAACUAGAUAUGGCAUUUGUGGAUGGGAGCGCUCUCCAUCACGUCUGGAUGCCUUUGUCAAGAGUCUGGAGGAGGAGAGGGAUCACUAUCGGCAGGAGGCUGACCACUAUAAAAUAGUUAGAGUGCCUAGCAGCCCUAGUCACAGUCCAGACAGGCAGAGGAGUCCUAAGUAUCAGGUCGUCAAGCCACAGCAUGACUAUGAAAGCUCCAAUCCAUCUGCUGAAAUAUUGAACCUGAAAGAUACCCUCAGACUGGUGGAAGAAAAGCUUCAGCGGGUGACAGCUGAAAAGCACACUCUGAUGGAAGAACUGAAGUACUUGCAGCUGAGCCGCAACAGCUCAAACACACCUCCUGACAACUUGACACUGGCAGAAAAGCUCAGAACGGCAGAAGAAAAAAUGGAGUUUGAGCAAUUGCAGCCCCACCAACCUUCGGAUACAUCCACUGAACCCUUCAACCAGAAAGAGGAACACCAACUGGCAGAAGGAAACACACAGCAGCAGCAGCAGCAGGAGCAGCACACCACAAAUACAUUUUCUAAAAUCUUGAACCUGAAUGAAAAGCUUAGCAAGACGGAAGAAAAAAUCCAGCUGGUGACAGCUGAAAAAGACUCACUGAUGGAUGAAAUGCAGCAAAUGCAGCUGCAGUGUGAGCAACGCGGCUCGGAAAUAGUGAACCUAAAAGAGGAGCUUAGACUGGCAGGAGAAAUGAUCCAACAGGCGACGACUGAAAAAGACUCACUGACGGAGGUAUUCCAGCAAAAGCAGCUGCAGUGUGAGGCGCACACCUCAGAAAUACUGAACCUCAAGGAAGAACUCAAACUGGCAGAUGACAAAAUUCAGCAGAUGAUGAAUGAAUUAGAUGCACAAAAGAAAACAUCCAAGGUUGUUGCUGAAUCACCAUCUGCUGAAAUCUUAAAACUGAAGGAAGACAUCAAACUGUCGGAAAGAAAAACAGAGCAGGUGGCAGCUGAAAAAGACUCACUGAUGGAGGAAUUCCAGCAAAAGCAACUGCAAUGUGAGGCUCACACCUCAGAAAUACUGAACCUAAAGGAGGAACUCAAAACAGCAGAAGACAAAAUUCAGCAAAUGAUGAAGGAAAAUGAUGCACAAAAAAAAACAUUCAAGAAAAUGCAGUCACAGCAUGCAAACAAAACCUCUGAUACAUUUGAUGAAAUAUUGGACCUGAAUCAACAACUCUGCAUGGCAGAAGAAAAAAUCCAGCAAGCAACGACUGAAAAAGAGUCAAUGAUGGAGAAAUUGAAGCAAAUGGAGCACCAGCAUCAACAGGACAUCUUAAGGAAAUCUGCUGAAAUCUUAAAAGUAAAGGAAGAGCUCAAAUCGUCAGAAAGAAAAACAGAACAGGUGGCAGCUGAAAAAGACUCACUGAUGGAGGAAUUCCAGCAAAAGCAACUGCAAUGUGAGGCUCACACCUCAGAAAUACUGAACCUAAAGGAGGAACUCAAAACGGCAGAAGACAAAAUUCAGCAGAUGAUGAAGGAAAGUGAUGUGCAAAAGAAAACAUUCAAGAAAAUGCAGUCACAGCAUGCACACAAAACCUCCGAUACAUUUGAUGAAAUAUUGGACCUGAAUCAACAACUCUGCAUGGCAGAAGAAAAAAUCCAGCAAGCAACAACUGAAAAAGAGUCAAUGAUGGAGAAAUUGAAGCAAAUGGAGCACCAGCAUCAACAGGACAUCUUAAGGAAAUCCUCUGAAAUCUUAAAACUAAAGGAAGAGCUUAAAUCAUCAGAAAGAAAAACAGAGCAGGUGGCAGAUGAAAAAGAUGCACUAAUGGAGGAGUUGGAGCAAAAUCAACAACAGCACAAAGAGCACAACUCAAAUAAAUCUGCAGAAAUCUUAAAACUGAAGAAGCAGCUCAACCUGGCAGAAGAUAAAGUCCAGCAGGUGGCUUCAGAAAAAGAAACAGAGAUAGCAGAGCUUAAGCAAAUGGAGCUGGAGCACAGGGAAAAGAAGUCUGCAAAAAUUUCUAACUUGGAAAAGGAGCUGAAAUUGGCAGAAAAAAAAAUUCAGCAGGUGACGGAUGAAAAAGACACGCUGAUGGAAGAAACUGAGCAAAUACAGAUGGAACAGGAACAGUCCAACUUAAAUGCAUCUGAGCAAAUGUCCAACUUGAGAAAAGAGCUCAAACAGGCAGCAACAAAAAUCCAGCAGAUGACUGCUGAAAAUUACUCACUGAUGGAAAGACAGAAGGAUCCGAAUGAGCAAGCUGAUUCAACGACAUCGGAGGAAGUCUCCAAGCUGAAGGAGGUACUCAGAAAAGCAGAAGCCACAAUCCAACAGGUGAUACAUGAAAAAGAUGCACAAAUUGCGGAUUUUAAGAGAAUUCAAAUGCAGAAUGAAAGCCACAACUCAAAAUCACUUGCUGAAAUUUUAAAUUUGAAGGGGAAGCUUGAGCUGGCCGAAGAGAAAGUUCAUCAGGUGACAGCAGAAAAAGACUCAAUAAUGCAGGAAUUGAAGGCGAUGCAGCAACAGAAAGAACAGCAAGUCUCAAAUAAAUCUGCAGAAAUCGUAAAACUGAAGAAGAAACUCAAUCUGGCAGAAGAGAAAGUCCAAGAGGUGGCUUCAGAAAAAGACACAGAGAUGGAGGAACUGAAGCAAAUACAACUGGAGCACGAGGAACAGAGAUCUGCUGAAAUAGCAAGCUUGGAAGAGGAACUGAAACUGGCAGGAGAAAAAAUCCAGCAGGUGACGGAUGAAAAAGAGACGCUGAUGGAAGAAACCGAGCAAAUACAAGUGGAACAGGAGCAGUCAAAGUUAAAGACAUCUGAUACAAUCGUGAACCUGAAAGAGCAGCUCGGUCAGGAAAAAGAAAAAAUCCGGCAGAUGACAGUUGAAAAAAAGUCACUGAUGGAAGAACUGAAGCAAAAGCAAAAUGACCGCCGCAACUUAACAACAUCCACUGAAAUCUCAAACCUGACUGAGAAGCUCAGAAUGGCUGAAGAAAGAAUCCAGCACUUAACAAGUGAAAAUGAAAAGAUUAAGCAGCCGCCUGAAGUUGACCAAAUCUCAACUAUGUCUACUGAAGUUUUGACUCUUAAAGAGAAGCUCAGAGUGGCAGAAGAACAAAUCCAACAGGUGACAGCAGAAAAAGACUCACUGAUGGAAGAAUUAGAGGUUGGCCGGCCUUCUGCUCUUCCGGGCAUACGUGGAAAGGAGCAGAAGAUACUUGACCUGCAGAAUGUCAUCAAGAGUCUGGAGCAGGAGAACCUGGGGUUGCGUUCACAGCUUUCUGAACUAAAAGACAGCAAGCAGGAUGUGGGGCAGCAGAUGGAUGUUGAGUGUCCUGCGCUGGUUCAGGAUGCGGAGCAAGUGCCGGCACAGCAGAGGAGAGCAGCAGACUCUGGUUUUCGACUACAGCAGGAGAUUCAGCACCCACUUUUGGACCUCCAAGAAAUGCUUUCUGUAAGGACUCAUGAGUUGCAUGCUGCUCAUGGACAAAUGGAAAAACUGGAGGACAUAAUUGGGGCACUAAGACAGCAGGCGUACCUUUACAAGCAGGAAGCAGAAGUUCUACAAAUCUCUUUCUCUGCACUUUGCAUGAAGAAAGACGCUCUGCAAGAGGAGGUGGUGGAAAAGACCAACAGGCUGGUUGUUCUCCAGCAGGAGCUUGCAUUGAAGAUUCUUGAAGAUGUCGUGCUAAAUUCCACAAUAAUGAAGAGACCUCUGGUUAAGCUGCAGGACGAACUAAAGGACUGUGAGAGGGACCUCAGUACUCGGAGGACGUUGGAGGUCUACCAGGAGGCGUUGGCACGACUCAAAAGAGACAACGACCUGAUAAUCCGAGAAUAUAAAAGACUGCAAGAUGAUGUGACCACAAUGACAAUGGAGAAGCAAGCUGCACAUGUGGAGAUGGAGGGCGCUUUACAUGAGAGGAAUGACCUGCAACAUAGAAUCUAUUCUUACUUGAAUACAGUGUCCAAAUUUGAGAACCUCUUGAAGACCAAGGAGCAGGAGAAUCUCGACCUAAUGGAGCGCCUCCACACGGCCCAAUCUGACAUGCAAGAACGAGAGCAGAGGCUGCAGCAGCUCGAGGUCCUCAACAGCUCAAUCCGCCAGGAGCUGCUUUCAUCUGAAAUGGAGCGCAGGCACCUCCAUGAAGUUAUCAGCCACAAGGAGCAAGAGAUCCAGAAGUAUAUGCAGGACCUGGAAGCUCAUGAUGCACAGAUGCCCACACUCAUUCAAGGAAUGUCUCGACUUGAGGAGGAGCUACGCAUCGUUGAGGAGGAGAAAGCUGGUCUUUUCGCUGAUCUAGCCUCUGUCAGGGAGCUGUGUGUCAAACUGGAUUCUGACAAGGAAGUGGCUGCCCGCCAGCUUUUAUACAAGAACAUGGAGCUGGAGAGGGCCGCGACGAAACAGGACGAUGCUCUGACAGAGGCAGUGCUAUUGAAAGAGCAUCUGGCAAGUGAAAAGAUGACCGUCCAUAACCUCGAGAUAGUGCUUGCCACCACUCGGAAAGAGAUGUUCCAAGCCCACCAGUCAGCCAGAGAAAAAGAAUCUGAGCUGAAGGCCUUACGUGACAGGCUCAACCAAGCCGACAAGAGGAUCGGCGAGCAUGUGAGGGAGAUUUCCAAUCUCCGAGGUAAGGUCUCCCAGCUGCAAACAAAGAUGGAGGCUCAACUUCAGAGUGAAAAGGCCUCUCAGGAGAUAGCCUCGCAAGAGUCAUUCAGGCCCCCAAGGACCUCAUCACCAGUUCACCCCUCAACGGCUCCUCAUCUGCAUCCCCCUAACGUCUCCUCGAUUCACUCAUUAGCAAAAUAUGACUUUAAGAAACAAUAACAGGAUAUCCUGCCAGUAAUGUCCAUCAAUGAUGCUGCGACAUUAGCUUCUUGUUAAAUGAUCAUUCACUCACAAUGCAGAAGAUUGUUAACUUAAUUCAGUGCCUGUAUAAUUUGUAUGGUGCCAAAUGGGGGCUUUAUAAUUAACAUUUAAUUUUGUUGAUACCUUGUUAUAUGAUUAUGUAAUUUAUAUAAGUGUCAAAUAGUACGUACCAAUAAAUGCACAUUUAACUUGCUGUAGCAUGGGUUUGUACGUAAUUCCUAAAAAAUAAUGUGCAUUACACAAGUGAGAUAUUUAUAAUACAUUUUGGGCAUAUGUCACAGAAAAAUAGCAUAUAUUUUAUAAAAUACAAAAAUGUAAAACUGCAUGAAAGUUUACCCAAGUUGCUGCAUCUAUGCCGUCUGAUGCCCCCUGCAGCUCACUGCAAAACAACACACCUGGAUCAAAUUACAGUAUGUUCCAUACAAUGUCACAAUUAGACAAAAAGAUGUGGCAAAAAUUUUUCUGGCAAUUCCAAUAGUUAAACUUUUAAUCCCAGCUACUUUACCUAUAGUCAUAUUAACUGUCGAUAUUAAACCCUUGUACCAUUUACAGUGUUUUUUUUUUACUCAUUACAUGAUUAAUUG